UUGCAGGCAAGAGGGGUACCACGGGUCGCAGACCAAGCCAGGCUAAGGGAGUGGCUGCGCAGUUCUGAGGAGCUCUAGGAUCCCUUCGAUUCUGGAGGUUUUGGCAGCUCACUGGAGAUAAUAAUGGAAGACAACGAUGAUGAUGAUGCAAAGCUGAAAGAAGAAAUAGAAGCUGAACUGGAUAAAAUCAGCAUUUCCUCCUUGGAAAUAGAUGAUGUUGAUAGUGAUUCAAAAUCAGUAACCCAGAGUGAUGAUAGUGAUACAGACUUAGUUGAAUUACCUGAGUCAGUUCUUCACUGCAUUAACAUCAUAAAGAAUAAGAGGAAAACCGUUGAAGAACUCAUUCUUCAGGACUUGGAAGAUACUGAUGUUUUAAGCUAUACUUAUGGAAAAGUUUCUAAUAAUCAUAUGCAUUUAAAGGUAGAAUUAUCAACUGAUUAUAAAGAAAAUCUAGAACAAUUAAUGAAGAUGCUAUCUGAAAUAGAAAAGGAAGAAUUUCUGAGAAGUAAGACCCAUUGUAUCAGUCCUGAUUCUGCUCCAGAGACUGGUCCUCAUGAUUUGCCUGUGGAUGAACAUGUUUUACCAGAUGAUGCUGAUAUAAAUUUUGGAUACUAUGAAGUGGAAGAAAGAUGUAGACAGUCUUUUGAGGCUUGGCAAGAUAAACAGAAAGUACUAGAAAACCAAGAGAAACAAACUCUUAAAGCUCAGAGGGAUAGAGAAGAAAAGCAAUUUCAAGAAGAAGAAGAAAAGAGACAUUGCUGGAUGAAACAGUUUGAAAUUGAAAGGAAGAAGUUAGAGAAUAUUCAGAAGCAAGAACAGGACAAGAUGAAUGAUGAACUACACAAAGAAGAGAAAAUGUGGGAAGAGAAACUUAAACAACAUGAGGAGUUUAUUAGAAACUUGCAAUUACAAAUGGAAGAGGAAAGAACAAGAUUUAAGGACCUACAGGAGAAAGAAAAAAUGCAUUUGUUAAAACUGCAGCAUAAUGCAGCUGUAAAAAUUCAAGCUAAAUAUAAAGCAUUCGUCAUCUACAAAAAAUAUGGCCCAAUCAUUAAAGAAAAAGUAGAGAACAUUAAAAGGAAAGCACAAGAGUGGAAAGAAAAGGAAGCAAAAAUCCGACAGAGGGAAGAAGAAAAACGAAAAAGAUUAGAGGAGGAACAAAGAAUAGAAGAAGAUAUAAGAAAGCAGAAGCAAGAGGAAAUGAAAAAGAGAGUAAAAGAAUAUGAGGAAAAAAAGAACAUUCUGAGACUAGAAAGAGAACAUCUAUUAUACAAGGAAAAAUUAAGAAUAAGGGAAGAUGCAAGUAAACAGUUAAUAAUAAGUCAGGCAUUCAAAAAAGGAAAAUAUAACACCAAACUUGUAACUGAUGAUGAUACAUCAAAGAAUAAAGAUGAGAUAGCCAGAAAGCUAGUGGAUAAAAAAUUAAUACAGCAAGCAGAUGGACCCCUUUGGCUGGUCACAGAUGAAGAAUCAAAUAAGAAAGAAAAUGUAUGUAGACAGCUAGUAUUGAAAGAAGCAAUACAAGUGCAAUUUGAAGAAUUUAUGUCAAACCAAGCAAUUUUGGCAGAAUUAAAAGUGGAAGAAAAAAAUGGAGAUCUAGCAAAACAGUGUUUGGAGAAAUUGGUCAAUCAAAAAAGAAAAUAUGAAAAUGUAGACAAACAGCCUGAUUUGGACAGCUCAGAUCUAAAAGCAAACAUGAAAGAACAAUUUCAGCUGCAAGAAUUUAAAUCUGAAAUACAAAAAGAGGAAACAGUGAAACAUGACAUAAAUGAGAUUGUGGAACCAGAAGCCCAAAUAAUAGCAUUAGUACAUGCUCAGGGAAUUAGUGAGGAGAAAAUCAAUAACACACAGAAAAUAAUCCAAAAUAAUCAACAGGAAAAGGUACAAGAAAUAGAAAAAGAAAGGAUACCAGAACAGAAUGGAUCAUUAUUUGAAGAGAAUGAUAGUUCAAUGUUUUCAAUGAAACAAAUACUACCACCAUUUAAAUCAGAAAAUUCUGAAAAUAUAGGGGAAAAUGCAGUACUACAAGAAGAAGAAAUAGAUUUGAAAUCCAGAGAAAUUGAGGGUAAUUCAAAAAUUAAUUAUCUGAAUAGUGACAUUUUUAACACCAGUGAUACCACAAUAAAAACAGAAGGCAAAAUAAACAAACAAGAUUAUAUUUUAGAACAAACUCCUUGUGUAGACUCAGGUGACUGUAAAGCAAAAAGCUUCUUGGUUUCUAACGAAGCAAACUCUGUAAAAUUUGAUAUUAACGAACUUCAGGAAGAAUGCCAUGAAAAUAGAGUUGAUUGUGAAAGUAUCAUGACAUGCUGUAUACCGAAACCAAAACUGAUAUUUUCUAUUGAAGAAAAGAGGCUAGCCUGGAUAAAGUCAUUUAAACCCUGGUUUGAAAUAUUCAAGAAAAAUCAACAAAAGAAAAUUUUUAAAAGAAAGAGGAUUGCGAAAUUCCCAGCCAAUGCCAUGCCUCCUUUGAAUACACAGCACAUUCUUCAGUGUGGUUCCUGGAAUACUUUACAGCAGGUUACAACAGUUACAUUUCAAGAUUUAUCAGGUUGUAGUCUCUCCACACUGGCUGAGUGCACAAAUCUUCAGUUUUUGUCUCUUCAACGCUGUGGAUUAACUUCUUUGCAUAGCUUGAGUAACUGCAAAAAACUGAAGUACAUUGAUGCACAGGAAAACCAAAUUGAGACUAUUGAUUGUGAAAAUUUGGAAAAUCUCUCCAUCGUUCUUCUUAAUAAAAAUCAACUGACUUCUUUUUAUGGUUUGGAUGGCUGCACUAAUAUUCAAAAUCUUGAGCUUUCACACAAUAAAAUCACUCGAAUUGGUGGUUUAGAAUCUUUGAAAAAUCUUCAGCAACUAAUUGUGGACCACAAUCAGUUAAUCAGUACAAAAGGUCUUUGUGACACUCCUACCAUAAUAUACCUGGAUUGUUCAUAUAAUCAUCUUACAGAAGUUGAGGGUAUUGAAAAUUGUGGAUUGCUCCAAAUUUUGAAGUUGCAGGGAAAUUAUCUAAGUGAGCUUCCCGCUUUGGAAAAUCAUGUUCUAUUAAGAGAAUUACACUUGGAUGAUAACAGUAUUUCAACUGUGGAAGCAUUUUCUUCAUACUGGUUGCCUUUACUACAAAAUCUUACUCUCUCUCAAAACAGUUUGACAGAAAUUAUACCCCUUUUUCAUUUUGUUUCUUUGGAAAAACUGGAUGUCAGCAACAAUUGUCUUUCUGAUCUUACAAGUACCAUAAGAUGCUUUGACGCAUGCUAUGCUAUCCGUGAAUUGUCUCUCACUGGAAACCCACUUCUUCAAGAAAUAAAUUGGAGGCAUUCUCUACUUAAAAUAUUACCUGCUCUAAGGAUCCUCAAUGGUGAAUUGCUAAAUUUUUAUUCAGGAAACCACACUGAAGAACAAUAUCACCUAGAAUCAGUACACUUCCUGGCACUUUGUCAAUCCCAGAUUCAAGGAUUCAAUUUAUUGAUUGAAAACUAUAUCACCGGAAAAGGAACUAUAUUCUCUUUGGAUGCUGCAGAAAAUCUCUGCCAUUAUUUUAAGGAAUUGAUGACACUUAGCAAUGAAUACCGAUGUGCACAUGAAAAUGGAGAUAUAAGUAUCACCAAGACAGAUCAGUCAGAAGCUCAGCAAAGUCAUUUGGCCCUUACAAACAGUGACAACCUACUGCAAAAUAGUAUACUCAACUCUUGUGCAAGCAAACAUAAACCAUCCUCACCAAAUAUUUUCGAGAAAUGGAUUUACCCUAGCUCCAUUGACUCCCCUUUAACUUCCUCCAUAUGUGAAGAUGUGAAAGGAAGGAAUCAGGAAGAAAAAGUAGACCAAAAGAAAGAAAACAGCAAGGCAAGCAACAUCCCCACCACAAAAAUCCCAUUCAUGGAAACAGUAAUGAAUAGUCCUAUGCUGAGGAAUUGCCAAAAUAUUGAACAUAGUGCAAAAAUAAUGGCAGCUAUGGUAAUCCAGGCAUACUGGCGUGGUUACAUUGUGCGCAGACAGAUUAAUUUCUCUACAGGGCUAUAUACUGCUGCAAUACGACCCCUGACAUCCUGGCCAAAUUCCUGCAUCAAGAGCCAAACUCCUUUAAAGAAAGAAAAACCAGAAAAUAUUGUGAAUUCCCAAGAAAAGAGAGAGAAGGCUGCUAUUCUUAUUCAGGCAGUUUGGAAAGGCUUUCUUUUGAGAAAGAAACUGACAGCAGCUCUAGAAGCUAUUAGGAAGGAAGAAUCUGAAGAAGAAUAUGAAGAAAUAAAUUUAGAAGACUUUGCUUUUGAUGAAACUGCCUUAGAAAAAGAAUGGCUAGCUUCAGAUCCCGCCUGCUUCCCUUCACAUGCACUGCUUCUACCAACUCAGCUGCAGUGGCCAAAGUACUCUGGAACUUUGAAAUAUGAUGAUACUUCGCAUCAUUUACCAAGUCGUCCAGCUCAAGCGUGGCUGUGCAAUGAAAAAGAAAAUUUGUUCUCACUGGAAGACAUGCAAUUUAAUAACAGAGCAGAAAAUAGAAGCUUAUCCUGGACACCUGAAUCAAAGACUAGUAGAAAAAGUGUGCUAAAAUCUGAAAAAGAAGAAAAAAUUUCAGAGGAAUGGGGCUUUAAGGAUAUUUCUACUGCUCAGCAAAUGCUGAAGAGAGCUCAGAAAAUGAAAUCGAAGAAGUUAAAGAAAAAAUUAGAUCCUGCUGUGCGCCUAGCAUUAUUCAAAAACAAUGAAAAUAAACUUUCUUUUAGAAAAUCACCAAAGAAGGCACAGUCCAGAAGAGAUGGUUACUUUGAAGUGACCCCCUGGAACACUGAACUUGGCCCGGAUUUAGAGACUCAUACAGAUAACUUCACCUCCAGGAUAGGUAAGGAAGAAGAAUUUAUCUGCAGAGAUACUACUACAAAUGAAAAAAUGGAAAGGAGUAGAGAAUAUACAUACCAAUGGCUUCACACACAGGUUGGGGUUCAUGAGACAACUAGUUCCAGAAGUAUGAAAUGCAAUCACUUCUUGCCUGAGUUAGAUCCAGAAGUACUUAAUGGUGGAAGAGUUCAGCUUGUGGGAAGACUUGUAAGCAGAAAAGACACGGAUUUAGACCUAUUUUCCAUGACCAAUGGAAGUGAUUUGUCUGUGAACAGAGAAAAAAAAAAUCAGGCACACAGACACUCAGCAAGAUCUUCAAGUUGUUCAAUGAAGGGAAUACUUGCACCAAUGAUAACAAAUACGAGACCUUCUAAGAAAGAACGUAUAUCAUUCCGAGACAGUCCCGUGCAACUCAGUGGUGGAUGGGGAAGUGGCAAAAAGAAGGGAAAAACUUCCAACUAAUCCUUCAAGCUUCAGCAUUAAAAAUAUAUGGCAAACUUUGUUUUCAUGAGGUCUGUGGACAUCUGUUCGUGUUACCAACUGGAUACCAAGUUUAGAAUACUGUAUGUAUUUUCUAUAUUAUACGUAUUUCACAAUUUUAUCUUAUUUCCCAUCUGUAAAAUACAGUUUCUGCAGUGGUUCUUGUAUUCAUGUAGAACGGAUUCCAGAAAAUUAUUAACUCUUGAAAUAUUGUAAUGGAAUUUGCAAUCCAGUUUCUUCUUUAGUUUACAUUUUUGAGACAUAUUCAGGAUGAAUUUUGUUACCAAUAAUGAACUUUAAUGCCAUACAUUAUAUGUAAGACAUUACAACUAUAUUUUAUUGAACCCUUUUUAAUGUACUAUUAAUAAAUAAUGUUAUUAAACUUUUCUACUAGAUUAUUGUAUUUGGAUAGUUGAAAGAUAAGUUGAUAUAAAAAGCAAUUCAAAAUAAACAAUGAAAAUGGCCUUUAAUUUGCAAAAUUUUUGUCAUCUUAAAUAGAGUUAUAAGAAAAUUUACAUUCAGUUUAAAUUAAAAAAGAAAUAUUGAAAUAUUUAUCAAUUUAUAUAAUUGGCUAUUUUAUUUGUCAUGUUUCAGAUAUGCAUUACUCAUUUUAAAAAGGUACAUGUUUAUUCUGGCUCAUUAACAUUAUUCUUCUAAGUCAAAACUACUCUAACGAUUUAAUUUUUAUUUUAUCAAUUCCCUUAAAAUUAUCAUUUAAAAACCUUUCAAAGCUCAAGCUUAUCAUUUAAUAUUUAUUAAACUUUUACUAUUAUGUGGUUAAUGUUCUGUGACAUUUUAGUCAAUACAAUGUGCAGAAUGCUGCAUUUACUUCUUUUUCACAAAGCUAAAUUCAUAGUUCUCCAGUGACUUUCCAUUGCUGUGUUGCUUUGUAAUACGACCCAGUGAACUUUAGUUUUUUCCCCUUGUUUUUCCUAUUCCUUAUUGAAAUAUUUCGUCUGGAAUAUAGAAGUGACUAAACAGAUUUAGAGAUGCAUUACUUAGUGUGUGCCCCUCAUCUACUUUUUGGGACCCAAUUCCAUUUCAAACCUGUAAAUCUCUUUUAACUUGAUUGAGAUAGAAAUGUUAAUGAGCCUUGAGCUGUCAAUCAAUAAAGGAAACAUAGAUUCAUAUGUUGUGGCCUAGAAAUUGAGCUUUGGAACAUAAGCUCCAGGUGUAGUUGCUUUAUGAAUACACUGUUCUGUCAUCCCUUCAAUAACAGUACCCACAAACCAACAUAAUGUAAUGAUGGAAAAUAUUUUAUCUCAGCUUAUUGUGAACUCUGCAGGAGAAAACCACAUUAAAGCUGAUAUUUAUCAGGUUUUAUGCUUCAUAUACUCAAAUCAGUGAAAUGGAAAGGCUAGUAUAAGAAGUGAAAUGGUUAUGAUUAAACUGUUUGUGCCUAAAAAUAACCUUAAUUUAUGCUUUCUUUAUUCUAUAAUCUGUGAAAUUGUUGUAUAAUAUUAAUUUUGAAAAUGAUUAGAGGUGUUGAUGCUCCUAAAUUUGUACCUGAUGAUUGACAUAUAGUUCAAUAAAAGUUUUUUAAUUAUAA